ACAUUUGUCAGUAUGAUGGCGACCGCUGUUAUGUUCUGGUGAAUAUAUACAAGAUAUAAUAAUAUAUUUUGUAUGUACAAUAAGCCAAAUGUGUAUUCAUGAUAUGUAUGUUUAUCCAAGUUAUAUUGGCGAAGCAGCUAAUAUUCAAAGCGUCAGCGUGAAAGAUGUCGUCGGAAAUCUAACGGAUGGUCAGAAAUUCACGUAGAGUUUUUUCACCUGAAUUCUAAUAUUUCUUUUUAUCUAUAUUUCGCGAAUUUUCCAGGGUCUGACCUACUUUUUGAGCUGUUUCCAGACGUGGUGGGAAGCUUGUCUGGAGGAAGAUUUUUUCUUAUCUUGUGCUGAAAAUUAACACAUUCCCGUCUAAUCAGUUGAAAAUUUACACUUUUUAUUAAUUGUCUUAAGGUUUUUUCUGAUGAUUCUUCUUAUGGGCUACAACACUACGGUGCUACUAUCUUAAAUAUGUCUAUUUCUUAACCAGAAAUAAAAACAUGCUAAACCAUCCCUGUUUCCGGGUUACGCAGGUUCCGUUAUACCAAUCUGUAACAAUGGGAUACUCUGACGAACUUACAAAAUGGUUCCCAUCUAACACCAACAGUGAGCAAAUCUUGAAUUUCGCUCUAACCGCUUGGUCAUUCGUAUUCAGCUUAAUUUGUUGCACAAGGGGUGGCAUCUGGGUGUACAAGUUCAUGAAAAUAUAUUCAGGCGGAGUGUCUCUAGUAUUGUCCGUAUUUGCGGAACUCUUGGUGGUAUCUUGGAUUUGGGGGUUGGAAGACUUGUGCAAUGCGGCAGAGGCAAUGACGGGCAGAAAACCAGGCUUGUUCUUACGUCUCUGUUGGAAAAUAUUUUCUCCACUUUCACUAAUGGGUAUUGCUUCCCUCUUGUACAUAGACAUCACGAAGUCGGAAAUGAAAUACAACGGUGAAAUUGCGCCCAAGUCUGUGCACGUUGCUGGAAAUAUCCUUACCUGCAUCCCCCUAAUUAUUAUUCCAAUUUAUGUAAUUUAUCAACUCUUCUAUUCAAAAGCAGAUACAUUUGCUCUGGUUAGUCUGAAAAUAAAAUUGGGUUUGGAAAGUUUGGAACAUUGUAUCUUUGUAUUUCUGUCGCAGAAAAUGCGGCUAUUGUUCUAUCCAGAAAAUGAACAUCACGAUAUACGAAGAGGUCGAUUUCCCACCGAACGAUACACAUCGGGUCAUAUAUUUUAUAUUGGCUGGAAUGUCGUGUGUCGGAAAAAAAGAACUACCAAGCCGAAAAUUCAUCCUGCUGAUCCUGCGAUCAUUGUGACAGAAACAAGUAAAUCACUUUUUGACACUCAGAAAAUUGAUUCCAAUGAGAAUACCAACGACAAUCCUGGCACUGACACCGAUAAAUCAAAAUCAGAACCCCCAGUUCAAGACAAAUUUGAAACGGUUGAGGUCCCUGUCACUGAAAAGAAAAUUACUUCAAAACAUGUAUCCAACAAACAACCUCGCCCUUCGACUGAUCCAGGUUCAGAGAUAGUACCCGAAAAUAAUGGCGAAAAUCCUAUCAAAGUUUCCAGAAAGAGUGGCACCAUCAAGAAGAAACCAAAAUCCCACCCACGAUAACUUCAUAACACUGUUUACAUAUGUAUAUAUAUGCGUUGCAUAAUAAUUAAUCGUACAUAAAUAUUUUAUGCAGUAUCGUUUGAAGAUUUUCUUAUUUUAGUGUCAAUUGAUGUCAUUUCGAUUUCCUCUCAUAAACAUCAAUGAUAUUAGUUUUUCAUCCUUUGUGUCACAUAAUUUGCAACUAACUAAACUCUGUUAGU